AUGACCUCCAAAAACUCCCCCUCAACCGACACCUCGAGCCCCGCCAAAAAGAACCCCCAGCGCCUUCCCGUCCCCGCCCUCUUCGUCGGCCCCCCCUCCCGCAACACCUCCAGCACCUCCCUCUCCCUCGCCCUCGCGCCCAGCACCUCCUCACGGGCCCCCAUCCCCCUAGCGCGUCAACGCUCCCUCCUAUCCGAGCACCCUCGCCCAGCUCCCCACGACGCGCCCCCCGCGCCCCCCUCCUCCACGGGCCUGCACCCCCAAUCCCAGCAGCAGCGUCAACAGCAGCAACAGCGCGAGGAGGUCGCCCAGCAGGAACACCGCAGCAAUGCCCGCACGGAUGCCAUGUGGGCGGAGCUGCAGAGCUCGCUCGAGGACGUCGAACUGAGCGCGAGUGGGGGGACGGGGCUGUUUGGGCCGCAGCAUUCGAGGGCGUUGGAGGAGUUGCGGGAGGCGCAGAUUCAGCUUGCGAGGGCGUGGGCGAGGAGGGAGGGGGAGGAGGGGGAGGAGGAGGGGGGUGGGGAGGCUGGCACGGAUGAUAGUGGGGAGGGCGGAGGGGAAAGGGAUGGGGAGAGGCCGCUUGUGGCUGCUGAUAUGCUGGCGGCGGAGCGGGGUACCAAAGUAGGGAGUGGUGCGAUAGGCGGCGGCGCAGUGGGUGCCACUAGACCAAGGAGCGCGACGGUGGGCAGCACGCGGAGUAAUGCUAGCGAGCGAACGCAGCUGGAGGACGAAACCGAGAAGGAUAUCCUGCUGGCGCGGGAGCGGCGGGAGGCAAACGAUCGGUACUUCCGCAAGGUGAAUGCGGGCGUGCUGGACGUUGUUGCCAAGCUAGAGGAGGUAGCUAGAGUGAUGAAGGGGGUCGAGCGCGAGAGCAAGGAGAUCUGGGGUGAUGGUGAUAGCUUUGAUACCCAGCGCAGUGAUGCGUGA